GUCGAAGGUCCCCUGAGGACCUAAGCGGACAUUUUGUGACCCUCUUCUAAUUCCCUCGUAGUGUUUGUGCUUUAUUAUUCUAAGGCAGCAUUCCUCCCUGUGCUAGGAACUAGGUAAACAAAUAGGAGAAUGAUCGUCGGGCUGAUGCCGCGACAAGACGAGAACAACAUGUCGGUAUCAAACCUGAGCAGGAAGCCCGCAGCGUGCAGUUGCAGUUCUCAGCACUAUCGACAUCCACCGAGAUUUGCUACAACAACCUCAAAAAUCAGUGCUAGAGCUAGUCUUUUACUUCUGCCAUCAUGUUUUUACAACAACCCGCUGGCUUCUCUCCUCCCCCUCGUAGUUUCCUUUACGCAGGAGCAGCCAAUUUCGUUGUUCAGUCACCAAGGAACAUCAAGCGCGACGAGUUUUUUCGUGUCCGGGGCUGAAGUGGUGCGCGGCGGGACAACAUCAAGAAGUCGAAGAGCAAAAACUCCUUCCACCUCGCACAAAACCUUCUUCCACGCCGAAGACGGUGGUGCGCAGCGGGUCGCUCACAAACACCUCGGCCGCGCCGACCACAAGGAGAACUACCCGCAAAGCAGGAGCAACAUGGAGGACACAACUUCUAAAACAGCCACAGGCCUCCCAACACCUUCUGCUCCAGCUGCUUUCUUGUUCGCCUCUCGAGCUACCGCGUCUUCUUUCGCCGCAAAGCGAAGUACGUCGACGCUGGCGCUGGGGACUGCGUUGGACCAGCACAACAAGGCUGGGGAGGGCAAGAAGCAGAAACUGCACGGGCAAGCGACUUUGAUGUUUCAGCAUCCGGAAAACGCCGAGAAGCAAGACCAAGAGCACCAAGCUCACGCUGAGGCCGCAAGUUCCUCGUCCUCGAAAGCGAAAGUUGAGGCCGCGGUCUCCUCGGAGAAGGUGAAGGUCACCACGACCUCCGGUCGCGUUACGAGCAAGGCCAUGCUGGCCACUUCCUCGAAAGAUGCGAUUGAAGACGCCGUCGGCGACAGCGCCAUCAGCUUCAACACCGGGGGCGAGACAACGACCUUCAAGCUCAAGGACAUACCGUGGUGGGGUUGGGCUAUCGUUUGCUUCGUGCUUGUGGCGAUCAUAGUCGGCAUACGAAAGAAGUGAACAACUCGUCGUGCUCUCCUCGCACAGGCUCCCCACCGUGAUUUGACAUGUUGACGAUGGCCAUUUGCAGCAACAGAAGAAAGCACUAGCACCUCGAAAAUCUGAGUUUUUUUUCUUGAGACGGUUGUUUCCAGCGCAUGAGACAGAAAAAUCGCACUUCUGAAAAUCUCUCGAUCCAUGUUGCCGUGACGCUACUGUUUGGGCCUUCUUCAUCCUGUCCGGAAAUGGUCAUUGAACAAAUGGUGCUAUGUCGAGAGUAAAUAGGCAGAGCUCAGGUCUGACACGUUGACUUGGUCAUUUCAUCGCACGUUGUGGUGCUGUGCCUGCGUAGUACACUACGAGUUUUUGUUUUUCACUUUCAUACGGCAUCAUCGUUUGCAUCGUCAGGUGCUGCUGCCCACCUGCGCCGAAAAUGGAGCUCGUCGAGGUUCGAUCAUGAUCGAGAUGAAGGAGGUGACGCAAGAGAAGUCUGCGUGAAGAAAAAUCUUUAUUGCGAGUUCUCUAUCACUAUCUAAGUAGAAGGACAUAACUCAAUGCAGCCCGACGUCGAGAGCAGGAGGUGAAGUAGACGAAGCUGCAAGAACGAACACGAUAAAGAUCCGGAGUCCUUCCGCUUUAAGAUCUUUUUCAGCGCGAUACUAAAAAGCAGUUAGAUUUUUCAUUCCCCCCCCAUUUUCUGAUCGAUCAUGUUCCGUGCGUUUUUCUUCUUUACCCAAACAGUUUUCUUUUCCCAAUUCACAACAUGACACGACCUGCAAAAUGAAAAUGUUGUUGUGCGGUUUUUUCUCAUAUAAUGUACGUAUUUUCCCAACUACUUAUAACAAACCAGCAUUUCACCGAGUUUUCGUUGCGAUGAAUCUUAUCCGUCCUCUCCCAGUACAUUGGAAGGAAAUUUUUCACGAUGCUUUACCGUUGAAAACUUCCUCCGUCGCAACACCAAG